AUGCAAAUGGAGGACAGGCAAGAGUCACCAAAGUCCCAAAGCGCGUUGGUUACGGAGCCUGCAGACAUCAAGAAGAUCAAAUCUGAAGAUUUCCCCAGUCAGAAUGACGAUGAAGAGCCAUUUUACGAUUUUCAAGCUUUUGUAAAGCUGAUGAAGGACCCAAGGGCGGACCCCAUUGUGAGGUAUACAAGAUCGUUCCUUAACAACUUCGUAACAAAAAGAGAACUCUGGACAAGCGAAGAACAGAGAAAACUCGUGAAUGACUUCAAGGUAUUUGUUUUCGAUAAGCUAACCCUCUAUGAACCAUUCAAGUCAUUGGACGCAGCAAAUCUACUGAAUGCCAAGGAAGGUAUGGAAAAGCUUAUAAUGGGAAAGCUUUACCAUAAGUGCUUUUCUCCUUGCCUAAAGUCCCAGUUAAACGUGCUCGACAAGGGCCACAAACUUGACUUAGACCAUGACGCAAUGCUCGCAGACAAGAGAGAAGAGUUCAGAUUUAUUGAUCCUCAACAUCUUGAGAUCAACGACAAAAUAUCCUCCAAGCUUGAGACAUUUACACAGCUAUCCGCCAAGGAGCUAGGCCGAAUGAAUGGCUACAAAGCGCCGAGAGAUAAAAUGGUAUGUGCACUGAAUGCUUGCCGAGUUAUCUUUGGCUUUUUAAAACACUUGAAGUUAGAAAGAGAUGGUGCUGACGCUUUCAUACCGCUCUUGAUAUAUGCAAUUUUGAAGAGCAAUGUUGAGUCUCUCAUCUCAAAUGUUAACUAUAUCGAGAGGUUCAGAUAUCCAGGCUUUCUGCGUGGCGAGAGCUCCUACUACCUAAGCAGCCUUCAAGGGGCGGCAGGCUUUGUAGCAAACAUGCAGGUGGAGUCGUUGCACAUCGGAAACCAGCAAGAUUUUGAAAGCAAGUACCAUGCAAACCAGGAUGCCUUAAGAAAGGAGCGCGAGAGCAGGCAGCCUAGCGACCCUCACAAAAACGCUAGUAUUCCACGCGAACCAUACGGGCCGUCUCCGAGCGAUUACAUUCUCAAACCGCUGGACGGUGCAACGAAUAUCGUGCUUUCCAAGUUUGCGGAACUCUUCUCACCGGCUCCAGCUUCCCCUCAAGGCCAUGAUGCUCAAGAGGACGUGGAGGGCCAUGAUGACAUAACGAGGCUUGCGCAAGAAAUGGAGGAAAAAGAACACGCAAGAGUAUUGCGCGAACUCCACGCUAUGUUCCCAGACAUGGACCAAGAGCUGAUACGAGACAUUUCAAUCGCUAAAAAGUAUCGCAUAGGAGCUUGUGUAGACGUGUUAUUAACGCUUUCUUCCUAA